GAUCGUUCGGCUGCAGACUCGCAGGCCGCCUGCUCGCGUGCUCCCCGAUCUCUCCUCCUUUCCCCUCCACCUCUCCGGUGUACGGCCCCUACGACGAGAUGGCGGCCUCGCUCCGGCGGCGCCUCCCCUCCCUCGGCCGCGCGCUCCUCUCGCCGGCUCCCGCGCGGAUGCUCUCGGCGGGGGCCUCCGACGCCCUCGUCGAGAUCAAGCCCGGGGAGAUCGGGAUGGUCGCUGGGAUCCCCGAGGAGCACCUCCGCCGCAAGGUUGUAAUUUAUUCACCAGCUAGGACUGCAUCCCAGCAAGGUUCAGGCAAAGUAGGGAGGUGGAAAAUCAACUUUGUAUCAACCCAAAAGUGGGAGAACCCGUUAAUGGGAUGGACAUCUACUGGGGAUCCAUAUGCUAAUGUUGGUGAAGCGGGACUUACAUUUGACAGUGCGGAGUCAGCAAAGGCAUUUGCUGAAAAACAUGGAUGGAAUUAUGUGGUUCGGAAACGCCAUACACCUCUUUUGAAGCCCAAGGCUUACGCAGAAAACUUCAAGUGGAGAGGUCCCCCGAAGACGGAGCAAGGCAGCAAGCAUGAGCUCUAGUCUGUGAGCCGACAUUCAUGAGAUGUCGUUUUCCUCCUGUACUGCUUUUGCUUUCAUCAGUACCCAUUGUGAAAGUAUGAGCUAGAACUUGUUUCUACAUCGAACUUGUAAUAAGCAUGAGCUGCAGUCAAACAAAAUACAUGUUCCUCCAAAGUGUUUGCCCAUGGAUGCCUUUGUAUUUCUAAUUUUUCUAUCCUGUGUGGUUUGUACUCGAACGAAGACAGUAUGCCGUUUCUCUGUUGAAUGAUAUUUCAGCUGAACCAAUGUAAAGCAUGCCAUGCUUUAUGUCUA